CUCACCUUCUUGGUUAAGAAAGAUCCUCUCUUUCCUAUUUGAUUCACAGCUUCAAACUCUUUUAUCUCCAAUCCCUUAUAUCCCCCUCCACUAACUCACCACUCCACCAACAAUUUGCCACUCCAAUUUCUCACCAUAUUCUCUACUUCUUUUGAAUGAUCCAUUUGUCAUUGCAUCAUUUCACCACUUGGAUAAUUUCCCAACCUAUAGUUUCCAAAUUCCUAGUUUUUCAUGAGCUCUUGAAGGGCCAAUACUAUCUAACAAAGUGGCAUAUUUUUUAGCCUAAUAAAAGCCUUAGCCCCAGCUCAAACUGAAAGUGUGACCCUUUAUUCUUGUUGUUUAAUCUUCACCGAUGGGAGAGAAUAUGAAGUGUGAACAAGUUGGUCUCAUUGAUGAGUUAAUGCAAGGGAAGAAGCUAGCAAAGCAGCUAUGUGACUAUCUAGUCUCAUCAUCAUCAUCAUCUCAUGAAACAAAUGAAGUCUUGAUUCAGAAAAUACUUUCCACCUAUGAGAAAGUACUUGCCAUGCUGAAUCCUAAUGUAGGAGAAAAUAAGGCAAACAAUGGUAGCAUCAUGGAUUCCGCUUGUUCUUUCGCAAAUGGUAGCCCCAGAAGUGAGGUCAUGGAGCCGGAGGUUAAGCACAAAGAUGUCUUCAAGAAAAGAAAGACCACUCCAAAAUGGACAGAGCAAGUGAAGGUCUGCUUGGGAACAUCACUGGAUGAUGGCUAUAGCUGGAGAAAAUAUGGACAGAAGGAUAUUCUUGGAGCUAAGUUUCCAAGAGGAUAUUACAGGUGCACAUAUAGAAAUGUACAAGGAUGUUUGGCUACUAAGCAAGUGCAAAAGUCAGAUGAGGACCCAAUGAUAUGUGAGAUAACCUACAAAGGAAGACACACAUGCACCCAAGCAAGUCACUUAAACAAGGCUGUAGUAGCACCCACAUCAAAAACAAAUAUGGGUUUGGGAGAAAACAAGCACCACAACCAUCAAAAGAAUCAACCACAAGAAGAGAAAAUAGAACCCCAAGAGACAAUUUUCUCUUUUGGAUCAUCAGGUCUUGAAGUUAAAACAGAGGACUUGGACCACAAGAAGGACAUAUUCCCAUCAUUUUGCUUCUCUUCUCCAUCAAUAGGGUCUGAAAAAGAGGACAACAACAUGUUCUCCUACGCCAUGAUUGAGAACAACAACUUAAUGGAAAGCUUUUUAAUAGCUCCAACAACUUCAGAAGAACCAAACAUUUUCUGUUUGUCACCGUGCCACUGGGGUAGUAGCACUGGACUAGGCCAAAGUAUGCAUGCCUCAGAGUCUGAUAUCACUGAUAUAGUUUCAGCUCCAACUUCAGUCACCAAUUCCCCAAUAAUGGAUUUGGAUUUCAUCUUAGCAAAGAUAGAUUUCGACACAGAUUUCCCUAUCAACGCCCCAGAACUUUGCAGUUGAUGAAAAUUGUCCCACUUCCAAGUUGACAACAUAUUUAGCUAGUGUUUGAAACAGAUCAUGGAUCAAAGUGAAUGCUGCUAGUUCUAGAAUUUGAAUUUUUCACAUCAUGAAUGUGAUUUUUUUGGAAGUAGAAUGUGUUUGUGAACACACUCAUAAUCUGUAUGCAGAUUAACUGAGUAUUUUAGAUCCUGACUAGCAGCAUAACCGAGGGAAGGAAGUCUAUAAUAAUCGUAUAAAAUAUCCAUAAAUGAAGACAAUAAAACUUCCCUCAUGCUAGUCAUGAGAGUUCUCAUGUAACUAGGCUAAGUCGGUAAUGUCAAAAUAAUUUGUAGGUUGUAACAUAGUCAAGUGUCAUGGCUCAAACAGAGAGAAAUUGUGAAAUAAAUGAAUUUUUAACUCCAUAUUUUA